UGUGACUGAUUAUGUCUGUGUGACACUGUGUGUGUGUGUGUGUGUUAGACUGGGUGUAUGUGUGAAAGAGAGACUAUGUCUGGGUAUAUGGAACUUUGCAUGUGUGUGUAACUGUGUGUGUGUGUUUGUGAGAAAGAGAGACUGUCUGGGUAUGUGAAACUGUGUGUGCGGCAUUAAGUCGGUUUAACACUGCUAAAAUCGGUUUAAACGUGUAGUGUAGACUAGGCCUGUGUGUGACUGAUUAUGUUUGUGUGACACUGUGCACAUGUGACUGUGUGUGUGUGAAGGAGAGAGAGAGAGACUGUGUCUGAGUAUGUGUGACAAUGCCUGUGUGUGUCUAUAUAUGACACUGUGUGCAUGACUCUGUGUGUGUGUGUGUGUGUGUGAGUGAGAGAGUGUGUGUGUGUGUGUAUGUGUGUGUGUCCAGGUAUGUGAAACUCUGUGAUACUAUGUGUGUGCAUUAGAAACUGAGAGUCUGGAUUUGUGAAACUCUGUGUGACUGUGUGUGUGAAGUGCCUUUGUGUGUGUGUCCAUGUGUGACACUGUGUGUGUGACUGUAUUUGUGUGACACUGUGUGAGCCUGGGUAUGUGAGACUGUGUCUUUGUGUUAGUGUGUAUGUGCAUGUGUCCGUAUGUGACAAUGUGUGUGUGUCUAGGUACGCGAUACUGUGUGUGGCUGUGUUUGCAUGAUAUUGUGUGUCUGGGUACAUGAUACUGUGUAUGAAACUCUGUGUGUGUGAAACUGAGGAUGUCUGAGACACCAUGUGUGUCUGUGCACAUGGCAUUGUGUGUAAUUGUGUACUUAGACUGUAAUCUCCUUAGGGCACACGCCAGCAUUUCAGUCUAUGGAUCUAUACAGCACCCCGCACGAUGGGGUCUGGUCCCUGCCUGGGGCCACUGGACACGACUGCAACAAAAACAAGCGUUAGCCGCGCCGCUGGAGAACGAUGGUCUGUCCCAAGGCCGGUUCCCUCUUGCCCCCCCGUAUGCCGUGGUCUUGAUCUCCUGUUCGGGUCUCCUGGCCUUCGUCUUCCUCCUCCUCACCUGCCUGUGCUGCAAACGGGGCGAUGUCGGCUUCAAGGAGUUUGAGAACCCGGAUGGGGAGGAGUAUUCGGGGGAAUACACGCCACCCGCUGAGGAGACCUCAUCAUCCCAGUCCAUCCCAGACGUCUACAUCCUGCCACUCUCUGAGGUCUCGCUCCCCGCUCCCAACCAGCAGAUGCCCAAGACAGACCUAGUGAAGCAUCUGGGCUUGAGCCGGCAGCACCUCAGCUACCUGCAGGAGAUCGGGAACGGCUGGUUUGGGAAGGUGAUCCUGGGGGAGAUCUUCUCAGACUUCACCCCAGCCCAGGUUGUGGUGAAGGAGCUUCGGGUCAGCGCCGGACCCCUGGAGCAGAGGAAGUUCCUGUCGGAGGCUCAGCCCUAUCGAAGCCUUCAGCACCCCAACAUCCUGCAGUGCCUGGGGCUGUGCACGGAGACCAUCCCCUUCCUGCUCAUCAUGGAGUUCUGCCAGCUGGGUGACUUGAAGCGCUACCUGCGAGCCCAGUGCCAGGCAGACGGGCUGACCCCCGACCUCCUGACCCGCGACCUCGGCACGCUUCAGCGCAUGGCCUAUGAGCUCAUCCUGGGCCUGCUACACCUGCACAAGAACAACUACAUCCACAGCGACCUGGCCCUGCGGAACUGCCUGCUGACCUCUGACCUCACCGUCCGUGUCGGCGACUAUGGCCUCUCGCACAACAACUACAAGGAGGAUUAUUACAUCACCCCCGACCGGCUGUGGAUCCCGCUGCGCUGGGUGGCGCCGGAGCUGCUGGACGAAGUUCACGGGACGCUCGUGGUGGUGGAUCAGAGCAAGGAGAGCAACGUCUGGUCCCUGGGGGUGACGAUGUGGGAGCUGUUUGAAUUCGGCAGCCAGCCCUACCGGCACCUGUCCGACGAGGAGGUCGCCGUCAUCAAAGAGCAGCAGAUGAAGCUGGCCAAGCCGCGCCUGAAGCUGCCCUACUCUGACUACUGGUACGAGGUGAUGCAGUCGUGCUGGCUGCCAGCGCCACAGCGCCCCACGCUGGAGGAGCUGCACCUGCAGCUGACCUACCUGCUGACGGAGCGCUGCCACGCGCAGGCGGAGGAGAGUUUCGAGUGGCGCUGGAACGCCCUGAAGCCCAAGCGCUCGCCGGCCGCCUCCCCCCUCCGCCGGCGCCGCUCGGAGGAGAUCUCGGCCUACCCGCUGCUGGAUGGCUUCCAGGGGGCCGACCUGGACGACGUCCUCACGAUCACCGAGAGCAGCCGGGGGCUCAACUUCGAGUACAUGUGGGAGAAGGCCCGGCUGGGGCGCUGGAAGGCCAGCCCGGCCCCCGGGGCCGCCCCCGCCAGCAACGGCAGCCUGGCCGUGCCCGGCGCCAACCCCUUCUACGAGGCGCCGGCGCGGCAGAGCCUGGAGACGCCCAGCGUGGUCCCGGUGAUUAGCGCCCGCAGCCCCUCGGUCAGCAGCGAGUACUACAUCCGGCUGGAGGAGCACGGCGAGGGGGAAGGGCCCGAGGGCACCGUCUGCACCCCCAGCCCCGUUUACGAGCGCCAGUACGGGGUGCCCGGCUCCCCGCCGGAGCCCCUCUUCCCUUCCGACUGGGACCCCAUCGAAGCGGGCCGGGGCAGCCCCCCGCCCCUGGCCCGGCACCACCUCCCCCACCUCCUGCCGGAGGGGCCGGCAAGCUGGGCCCCCGGUGCCACCAACCCCUUUAUCUCGGUGUCCCGGGAGCCGGCCCGGCGCAGCGCCAACCCCUUCCGGGCCGAGAUCCAGGAGACCUCGCUGACGGAUCCGGCACCGGGGGGCAUCUUCCUGGGGGAGUCCCUGCUCCACGUGUACCAGGAGCUGGAGGAGCAGCAGCGUGGCUGGGACUGCGAGGGGCUGGAGGAGCGGGGGGCCGGGGAGACGCUGGCGGGGGACCCCUCGGAGUUCCGCCCCUCGCCCCCCUGGGACCGGGAGCCCUCCCUGAUGGAGGAGCAGAGUUCGGCCGGCAGCACGGACGGGGAGGACGCCAGCAGUGGCGGGGGCGGGCGCCGCAACCCCCUGCUCUGCCCGCUCUGCAGCCGGGGCGGGCGCUGCCGCUGCGCCCCGGGCCGGGGGGAGGUCGUGAGCGGCUGGAGCAACCACGCCCCCAUCCCCCGGCCCCACCGCGACAGCUACGGCACCGAGGACGACUCCUCCCUUAAGGUGGAGCGGGGCUCCCUGGCCGACUGCCCCAUCCUGCUGGGAGAGGGGCCCCCAGGAGCUGGAGAGGGCGGGGCCGGGCCGCUCGGCCCACCCCCUUUAACCGGGGCGCCGCCCCCUCCCUCGGCGUUCUACGACCCGCUGAUGGGCACGGCCGUGGUGAGCUACGAACUUCAGGACUACCCCAAGCGGGGGGUGGCCGGGCGGCCGCCGGGCUCACCCUUCCCUGGCCUGACCGCCGCCUGCUGCAGCGUCAUCGUGCCGGUGGAGAUCCCGCCCCUGGCCACGCUGGCAGAGAGCGCCGACGAGGAGACCAUCGCCAUCGUGCCCGAGGCCGCAGACGGCUUCGCGGCCAGGCCCGAGAUCGGCCCGGCCCCGGUGGGCCGGCGGAGGGGCCCGCUGGACUCCGGGGACUCGCUGGACCUCCCGUCCAACACCAGCUCCUCCGAGGGCUGCAGCCCGGCCUCCCGCUUCUCCUCGCCGGGUCAGAAGUUCCCCGACAGCGGCUACGAGACGGAGAGCACCUUCUCCCCGGAGCUCCUCGUCCGGGAGCCCGAGGAGGAAGAGGACGGGGAGUCGCCCGGCGAAGGGGAUGCUGCCCAACUGCCCCCCACGCCCAUCUCGGAGUCCACCAGCGACCUGACGCUGUCGGAGGAGACGCCGGGGACCGAGGAGGAAGCGGGCACGGGGCGGGGGCUGGCCACGACCCACCGGGAUUCGGCCUAUUUUUCCGACGGCGAGGCAGAGGGGGGCCGGGGGGAGGAGGAGGAGCCGGAGGCGGGGCAGGAUGGGGGGCAGCCGGCGCCGGCCAAGGUGGAGGCCGGCUUCGUGGUGCAGGUGUGCAAGGAGCAGCUGCUGGUGUCGCUGCGGGAGAACAUCACCCGCAACCUGCUCUGCAACCACCGGGACCCGGGGACCCCGGUGUCCGGGGCCCCAGCUGCCAAGGAGGAGGCCGUGAUCCGACUCUGGGCCUGGAGCCCGAGGGGCCCGGGCGCUGGAGACGAGCAGGAAGGGGCGGCGGGGAGGCGGCAGCGACUUCGGACGGCGGGCGCAACCUGCGGGCUGCUCAAGUCCCGCCGGCCGAGCCGAGGCUGCGAGCUGGACCGGAAACGCAAGAUGGUGUCCUUCUUCGACGACGUCACCGUCUACCUCUUCGACCAGGAGACGCCCACCAAUGAGCUGAGCUCGCAGAGCGGCCCGGAGGGCGAGGGCGGCACCACCCAGGGCCCCGUGGGGCAGCCUGGCCUUGAGGCCUUCCCGCCCGCCGACGGAUUCAGCGGCAGCUUCGAAUGGGACGACGACUUCCCGCUGAUGGCCCAGAACCCGUCCUUCGUCUCCAUGGUGACGGACCCCAGCUCGGGGGCCCCCCCAACGCCGCCCCCCGCACUGCUCCCGGCCAAGGGGGCAGAGCCCAGCCUGAUGGACGCCCUGCGCUUCUCCCGCUUCACCGUCUCCCCCGCCCUCGAGCCCCACCUGGCCCCCCGCGAGGCCGAGCUGGCGCCCACAGCCAGUGAGUGA